AUGGUCUUGAACAGUUUGCGACCACUUUGUCAGCCGAGUCCGGCGCCAAGUCCGCCAGCGACCAAGUCUCGCAUCCAAAUCGAAUGGGAUAUCAACGAUACUGUGGUGCCGUCGGUCAGCGAAUACGAUGAGUUCAACGAUUGGGCCAAUGGCCAUUGCCGCUUGAUUUACGGGUCGCACAGCGAGGAUGCCAAGAAGCAUGCCAGUGGCUGGGCGAUGCGCAACACCAACAAUCACAAUGUCAACAUACUGAAGAAGAGCUGCCUGGGCGUCCUCCUCUGCAAUGCCAAGUGCCGGCUGCCCAACGGCGCCAGCGUUCAUCUGCGUCCCGCCAUUUGUGACAAGGCGCGACGCAAACAGCAAGGCAAACAGUGCCCCAAUAGGAACUGCAAUGGACGCUUGGAGAUACAGCCGUGCCGCGGUCACUGCGGCUAUCCGGUCACCCACUUUUGGCGUCGUGCCGGCAACGCCAUCUAUUUCCAGGCGAAGGGCACACACGAUCAUGCCCGGCCGGAGGCGAAGGGUUCGACGGAGGCGCGUCGCUUGCUCGCCGGUGGCAGGCGUGUCCGCAGUCUGGCAGUGAUUCUUGCACGCGAUGCGGCGCUCAGCGAUAAGUUGUGCAGUCUGAGAACCAACAAGCGGCAGGCCAAGGCAGUUGGAGCCCAAGAGAAUCCCACCAAGCGCAGCAAGCAACGCUCCACAAAUGCGGAUCAGCUGCUCCUUCAAGCCAGCCCAGAGCUUACUGGCUAUCAGAGUCCAAGCAGCAAUCCACCAGCAACAACAGCAACAGCAACAACAACAGCUGCAGUCUUCAAUCAGAGCCAGGCACAGGCUAGCUACCUUAAUCCACAGUGGAGCACCACCGAAUCCUACUAUCCGCCGGAUGCAACAUUGGGCUACACCAACAACAUUUAUGGCCACGAUAUGUUGCACUCGCCGCUCUCCUCCUCCAACAGCUCCACAGCCAGCUACUACACUGCUCACACAGAGGUGCAACAGCAACAGCAACAACAGCAACAACAACAGCAGCAACAGCAACAACAACAGUUGCAACAACAGUCGCUGCCCCAAGGCAACAACUAUGAGCAGCAACAGGCAACAACAGGCACAACAACAUCUACGUCCGGCUAUCCAGCGAGUGGUAAUCUUAAAUACGAGAGCUGGGACGAUACAUCCAGCUUAACCAGUAGCUCUGGCUACAGCUCCGAGGACUAUAGCUAUUUCAAUGGCUAUGUGCCGCAGACUUUGGAUAUGAGUGGCAGCUCCAAUGCCAGUCCCGAAGGCUUCUAUACGCCACACUCGGAAAUCUUUAAUGUCUUCGAUCCGAACAUCAGUGGCACGGGUCCCUCGACAGUGGAGCUCUUGUACGAUGAAGCCACUGCUUAUCGCAAGCAGCAGCAGCAGCAGCAGACGUUGCAACAUCAGCAGCAAUCCUUCCCCGUCUCCUAUCAACAACAGCAGCAGCAACCACAUCAGACUGCUGAUUAUUAUUAUAGCAACACGGGCGUGGAUAACGUGUGGAAUAUACAAAUGGACGCGAGUGUGGCUACAGCUGCCUACCCAGGCACAAGCAGCCUGGUGGACUCUGGAGGCGUUGGUGUUUACUAUUAA